AGAUCCAUGAUGGGGGAUUUCAUCAGGAGGGCCAGAGAAGACUCCAAGCUCCCCAGGACAUUACUAUUCUUCAGUGCAGAGAUAAGGACUGACAUUUCUCCAACAAAUAUGUUUCGGCACUGCAAAGCAAAGCAAUAAUAAUGAAACCUACAAGAUACGGCACCCACAGGGAUUGAAAAGAAGAUCUAACUGUGUGGUUAGAGCUGCUGGCUGAGAACCACCAUCAUACCACCUCAAGGAAACAGAAGAAUUCUGAAGACCAACUGAUACACAAAUAGCCUGGAAAGCAGACAGGCAGAGGGACCCAGCAGUCACUAGUAAAGCCUGUAAAGUCAUCACAUUCCAUCAGAAGCAUCCAGACGAAACCAGAUGAAAGAGCACAACAGUGCUGCUCAACAAGCGCUGGGCCCACACACGCAGACACGACAAGAGUUCAUAACUGAAAUAUGGCUCAGAGCGACUUCCUCUACCCAGAGAACCCGAGGCGACGGCAGGAAGUGAAUCGCCUCCACCAGCAGCUCCUUGACUGCUUAUAUGACAGCUUCCAGGCCACCAAUAAGCUGAUCGAGGUUCUAAAUAUGCACUUGGGGUGCAGACUGGAUUCCAUUGAGAUGAAGAAAGAUGGGACCAUCAAAGAAAACUGCGAUAUCAUCAUCCGAGCCAUGACAAAAAUCCAAUCGGUACUGCAAAAGGUUGACGAAGCACUCAAAGACAAACUAGAGCCCACCCUGUACAGGAAACUGCAGGAUAUUAAGGAAAGGGAAACGGUAAAGAUUGCAAUGGUACAAAAGAUUAUUUCCGUCAUCCUGGGAGAAGCCACAUCUGCAGCCAGUGCAGUGGCUGUGAAACUUGUGGGCUCCAACCUCACAACUGGCAUAAUUAAUAAGUUGGUCAACGUGCUAACUCAAAUUGGCGCCUCUCUUCUUGGCAGUAUCGGGGUUGCUGUUCUUGGCCUUGGCAUAGACAUGGUUUUCCGUGCUAUCCUGGGAGCAGUGGAGAAAACCCAACUUGAGGCAGCCAUCAAAAGCUACGAGAAGCAUCUGGUGGAGUUCAAGUCAGCCUCAGAAAAAUAUCAUCACGCCAUUACAGAGGUGACCAAUGCAGUGAAACGCCAGAUGAAAUGAACGACCCUUUGACUUGCCCCCCGGGGUAGCUUUUCUAUUACAUUUUCCAUCAUCAUAUUUGCUUCCUGGCUCAUGUUUCAUAUGCUGCCAAUUUGUACAUAAAUAGGACAAACCAUUUGGAAACAACUGGAGGUAUGAAAUUAGACAAUUCUUGAGUUUUUGUUUUAAUUAACACUGGGUGACGUAGUGCCAGGUCCUCUGAGGUACAAGAUUACAUCCCAGGACGUUUUCCUUACACUGCUUAACCAGGUAAACACUGGAAGUGUAGUGACAAUAGCAGGUGUAGAGAUGACCAAUAUUCCCUUUCUAAUCUGCCAUCAAAAUUCUUAACACAUCUGAUGCAGAGACGCUCACUCUCACCACUGGAAUCAAGCAUCACUUAGUUUAUAGGCAGCAUUUGUGGUAACUGCACCAAACACACCUUGAACUUUCAACUGAUAUUUUUUUAUACCACCUUAUUUUUUGACCAUCAGAUUCAAUACAAUUUUCUAAAACUGAAGACAACAAAAACCCAUAACAAUCUGCUUUGAUUAUGAAAAGUGGCAAUGGAUCUGUCAAUUUCUACUAAUUGCAUAACGUCAUCUGGAUGGGCUUUUCAAAGAUAUAAAACAUAAAGAGUGUGAUUUCAACCGAC